GUUGAUGAUAACCCCAAGAUUAUAUCCAUGCCUCAGCCAACCUCUGCGCGUGCUCCUAACGGGUUAUCACAACGUCCACCACCCAAAAACUCACAGAAGUACAUCCAACUUCGUCCAAAGGAAGGGGCACUUUUAAUCAAAUUACCCAACAGCUAUUCCGAUUUCAAGCGUCGAAAACACGCCCUCUCCCAGAAAAACCAACGGGAUCGGUUAAAGAUGGCCUUCGAUCAGAUGGCCCAUGUACUUAGGACAAGUGGCGUUGGCAAUGGCCAAAAAGGGGGACUGUGCACCAAGGUGGACCUUCUCGAGACCGCAGUGGGGUAUAUCCAGCACCUACAGAGCGAAAUUAAUGGGCACAAAAACCAUAAAAUAAGCGAGGGGUAAAGCAUAUGGGUGUUCUGAGCUCGGUAUAUUGUCGAUAAUGCUAGCUAGCAAUGUACUGGUUGGUUGGGGUAACAAUGACACUAUGCCGGUACCAGACUUUUGAUUUGCCUUUCUUCGUAUCUUAGUUGAUUUGAGUACCAGGCUGUAGCUUCCAUGUGGUAUCU